UGAAGUGGUUUGUGGUACCUACGUGCGUCGCGAGCUCAACUGUCUUCCUCGAUCGAUGAUAAUGUUUUUGUUGUUAUUAUAGACAAUAAAAACAUCGUUCAGAGUGAUCCGUUAUCAGCAAGGUUAAAGCUAUAGACUAUUGCAACUGCGUGAAAUAAUUGGGCAAUAAGACCGCUCACUGCGAAUUGUUGACGAAAUUCGCAAAAUAGAACCUGUGUGUUGACGAGAGAUGUGAAAAUAAGUGUUGUGUUAAUUUUAGUGAAGUGGACUAAUGUGUAACUCUUGUGCUUCUCGUACUUUCUUUAGGUUCUUUUUUGUUUUGUGAUAAAAUCACCCGAGAUAAGAUGGGUUCCACGGGGUUGACUUUGGCAGAUUUGCCUAAUAUAUUUAUUAUGAUAGGCGCCCUCGUUGCGCUUUUUGUGAUGCUAGUCAUACUUCUGAGGAACAUGGAAGUCAUAGGUAUAGUCGGCGAGGGGAGGGAGGACACGUGGCCAAGGACAAUGCAGCCACCCAGACUCUUGAUGCAGCGAGUUCAUAUACCUUUCACCUUUAAAUUACUAGAAAAUGAACCAAUAGGAUACAAUGGAGUGAGAUGCUGCGUGUCAUCCACAGUGAGGUACUGGCAUGCGAGCUGGUGGGGAGCGCCCGUAAGAGACUUGCAUCAGACGCUCUGGGGUACCCUACCGGAGAUCCUCGCGUCAAGUAAUUUAAACUUUAGUAGAAGCAGUUCGCAUGAUGAGAAGGAAAUGAAACUAUCAUCAGAGCCAUUGCAGUUGGGCCCUCCGCCCCGAACCUGCUACCCGCUGGUAGUAAUACUGGCGCGCGAUCAGCGAGACACAGCUGAGCUCAGGCCGGAUGAUACGGUAGCCCUAGUGACAGUCGUUCACAUCCGGGACGACCAGUGCCCGCUGCCCAGCGGCAUCAUAGCUCAGUAUUUGAAACAAGCUAAUGGACAUUUGUCCUGUUUAAAGCAACUAUACGUGUCGGGCGAGUCCGGUGACGCGUGCGAGGGCGAGGGCGAGGCGGGCGGCGGGUACGCGCGCGAGGCGCUGUGCUGCGUGUGCGCCGCCGCCCCGCUGUCGCGCGCCCUGCUGCCCUGUCGACAUGCCUGCCUCUGCGCGCGCUGUUUGCCUAAAUUAGACAAGUGCCCAAUAUGUCGGAGCGUGAUCACAAGCUACUUCUGCAUCCGCAACGAAGAGGAACCCCUAUCAGAACUCAAGCAGAAUUUCCCUCUCAACAGACGACUCCUCAAUUUAUUCCACUAUCACUAGCGAAUAGUAAGUACAGUCAACAUAAAAAUGGAUUUGUUACGAAACGUCUAAUCUUCUAAAUUUGUAUAUAAAAUUGUUUAUUAUAACAAAUGAUGCGUCAUUAAUUGUAUCGUUGACUAAUUUCUUUGUACGCUCACAAUGUUCUUUUAAAGAACAGCAUCAAAGGCGAUUCAUCUUAACCUGCUAGUCGCAUACGGAUUUCAAUUUAAUGGAUAUUUUAAUUUUCGAUCAAACGACUAAAAUUUUGACCUAGCUAUUAUUUGUAUUGUUUUUAAAUAUCUCGAUAUUUAUAUAUUAUUAUAAUUAUAUUGGUAUCAGAAGAUUAAGGGCGAGAGAGUACUGGAUUAUUCAAAUUUAAUUUGUUUUGAUUUUGUACGUACUAAGCUAUUACGCUGCCCAAAUAUACGUCUUAAAGUGUAUUGCAGUCAUAAUAUAUAAUAUAUGUAUGAUAUAUUUUCGUCAAACACGAUAUAAUUACGUUCCUUUUACGAGCAGAUGUUUUUAUAUUGAAUGAUCUUGUUUUCAAGUUAAGGCAUAAUUUAAAAAUAUCUGUGUGAAUAAAACAAAAAACGAACGCAAAACUGGUAAAGUACCGAGAAAUUCGGGCUGAGUGAAUCGCUAUUUUAAAUUCACGUCGUUUCGUAUUCGAGUUGAGAAAAAUGUAGACGAUACAAUUGAAAUAAUUGGAAGAUUAGACGUUUAAAUGUACUUUAACUAAACCGGAACUUAUGAUUAGUUGUAAUUAAUAUCUGAAAUAACGUAAUUAAAAAUCGUUUGUAGUGAAAAACGAAAACGGCACAAAGGAUUACGAUUCUGUGAUAGAAAAUGACCUUUUUCAAACAUGGAAAUCAAUUCGGAUAUCCUAACAAAAUUGACAUGAAAAUAUUCUUAAACGAGACUAAAUCGUCAAAGUUGUAGGACAAAGACUGUUCUGGAUAUUGGUAUUUUAUUUUCACCUCAACUGAAUAGGCGUUCUUUAGUAUGGUUUAUACAUGUCAAACUGAGAAACGAUUUAAGUAACAGCUGACAAAUUUCAUAUUCGAAGAUUCAUUAUUAAUCAGUCAAACUUAAAUUCCUUUAUUCAAUACAAAAGCAUUACACUUACUUACUGAUAGACAAAUUAAACACUACCACCGGUUCGAUAAAGAAAGUACCCUGAUUUGAACCGGCGAACGAAACUCAGCGGGUCUUUUUUUGUCAAAUUUAUUAAAUACAUACAUUGAAUAUGAAUAGAAAUAGCCAGGACGUUUCAUUCCGAAGAUGUGCUAUCAAUCAUAAACUCACUAAUUGUAUAGUAACCUUAUCUACACAAGCGUUGCUUAACAUUUGUUUUAAAUUUGGCAACAGAGGCAGCCUAUAUCAAAACUUCGUUGUACCGCGAUUGUAAACAAAUAAUCAUUCGCUGGUACUUGUCAUUUAAUAGUAUGAGAUACUUUAAUACUUUCUCACCCUAGGAUUCUUCUUUAAGUGCCAUCGUAAGUGAGAUUAAAGCUCAUGUUAGGCCAAUUGACAAUCCAAAACGACCCCGGUAUUAUAAACUCAUAUUAUGAAAGACCAACUAUUCGAUGAUGACGUUUCUUUAAAUAGUAAUUACAUCGACAAAUAUCAUUAAAAAAUAUAUGAUUAAAAAUCAAGACUAUAUUUAAUUUUUUUUUUUUUAAUCUUUUAAGCUUUGUAGUUUAUUCUCGUUUAUAACUAAACUGCCGAAAUACCAAAAAACAAUGUAUUCUUUUAAAGUUAUAAAUAACUAUGUAUAUUAAUAAAUUACACGAGGACGGCUAUUUAAAAAAUUGUAUUGUUUUGAUUAUUUUUUUUUUUACGAUUAAAAAUGUUUUAAUAUUAUCUGUGCAUAUUAUUUAGUGAUGUAUGUAAAAGACAAAUUAUAUUAAGUUAUCG